AUGGCUUCUCCUAAAGUACUUGAGUGUCUAGUUUGUUGUGAGAUUUAUGAUGAUCAAAACCUCUGCCCUCGUAUGCUGAGUUGUGGUCACAGUUUUUGUACGAGCUGCCUACAGCGGUUACUCACUGUAGAUAAAAAAAUUCCCUGCCCCACUUGCAGAGUUGAAGUUAACGUAUCUCAAGAUGGAGUCGCAGGGUUGCCAAAGAAUUUUGCAUUAUUAAGCAUCUUCGAUGUCAAACCUCAACAAGAAGAAGGUGAAAGUUUAUUCGAUUGCGAGGUUUGUGAUGAUAAGCAUCCGGCAAUCUUCUGGUGCUUCAACUGCGAAGAAGAUAUGUGUAAGGAUGUAGCUCGCUUUCACACUCGCAGCAAAGCAAGUCGUGAUCACCAACUCAUCUCACUGGAAUCAGCCACUGCAACUGCAUUCUGUUCAAAGCAUAGCGAGCCAUUCCGUUUAUUUGACGAGGCCUGCGGUCACGUGGUUUGUAGUGGAUGCAUUAAGCUUGAUCACCAAGGUCACAAUUGUUUAUCUUUAGCUGAGGCGGCUUCAAAAUGCCGUCAGGAAAUGCAGGAACUUGCUACUAAAGUUAACGCUCGUUCUGAGGUGAUUAAAACUGCAGAAGCUCGAGUGCAGCAAGCAAAUCUUGACAUGAAAAAAGCUUAUGAAGAACAAGAAGCCCAAAUUCGUAGCUUAUUCAGGGAGGUAGGUUUUUCUUUGUUUAACGGACCCACUCCACCUAAUAAAAGUCCAACGUUCUGCAUCUACUUAUGGAUCUAGUAGAAGACUCUACAGAGCUGCCCGGGGAGAGCUGCAAAGGAACUUUUCGGUGUUUAUAAUGACCUUAACUUCAGACAACAUGUAACCUCAGUUUGUAAAAAAAGUUAGUAAUCAGUUGAGAGUAAUGACUAAAUUCGUCGACCCUCUCUCUUCUAAUACUAUGUUGAGUCUCAGCAAAAGCGUUUAUACUACCCCCCAAUUUUUAGUGGUCUGUCGGGGUGGCACCUCUACAGAAAGGGCGACUCUCACGACAAGCUAGACCUUCUCAGUAAGUGAAUUUUGCGGCUUCUUUUUAAGGACUGUCAUUUCCACUUUAUAUCAAUUUACGUAAAGAACGGGAACAACAAACUUACGAAUCCGGGUCCUGAGUAUUAAAGUGUUUAUAAAUCAGCGUUUUUGCGCUUUCCCUUUGCCUUUGUCCGGCCACACAACAACAAUUGACAUCCACUAAAAAAUCCACUUUCAAGGGCGUUUUGGACAACCUGUUUAAACUUUUAGUAACUUUUUGAUGUGUACUAAGACCAAGACGCAUCAAAUUGUGUACGUUUUCAAACGAAAGCGCAUUUUACAUGAACGUUUUCACUGACCCUGACUGUUAAAACUUAUCUUGCUCAUUCUCUGUACACGGACUACCGCUAACAUCCAAGAGCCAUAAUGGGACAUUUUGGCUCUUGUAACAUCUUGUUAUCUCCUUGUAUGAAUGGUUUUCAAAAAAUGAUAAAAUGAUACAAAACAAUGCAAUACCACGAACGAAAUCGGAAUAUAAAACAACAUACUUCCUCAUCCACCUAUUUUGAUACAUUUGUAUAGAUUAUUUUCUUAGACGUUAUGUAUGUUUCGUCUUAUAGAUUUAUGCCGCAAUCACUGCCAGAGAGAAAGUUUUGACGAAUGAGUUAGAUGAGCUAUACAGUAGUAAGGCAGCCAUCCUCUCAGAGCAGCAAGACCGACUCCACAAAUUUCAAGAAAGCGUGGUGAGUACUGUCCAGAGUGUUUUGUCAAGCAUCCACUCCUCUAACGAUCCUGAGCUUCUCGUUGCCAGGUCAGCUUUAGAGGCGACGCUUAGAGACACAGAAAAACAUUCAAUACUGCUUGAGCCAGAGGUCGACUUUGUGGCGAAGCUUUUUUGUGAUCGAAGGACAUUGCAGAACAUGUUGGACGCGGCGCUCAAUAAGGAAGUUAUCGUCACUGAAAACUAUACCUGCGCAGAAAGCACAAUUGCCGAGGGCGAAGGAUUACAUGAGUCACAUCCAGGGUUGGAGCGUUCCUUUACUAUCAUUGCUCAUGACGCCCAAAAGCGUCGCCGGUUUCAUGGUGGCGACUUGUUUAUGGUAGAGCUUAUAUUUGACCAUUUUUUGUGUCACAAUUUUGUUAGGGGACUGGAUGUAGAGGACAGAGGCGAUGGUAUUUAUUUGGUUACUUACACUGCCCCUAAUACUAUCAAUGGGUUUUACACGUUGAACGUGUGCUUACGUGGUGUUCACAUUCAUGGCAGUCCUUUUAAGGUACCC